GCGCUGAGGUAGACGACAGAAAGAAACACGUGUCGCGGCGCUCUGACGCCACGUGGCAUUUGUUAUCCGCUGCGCGCCAGCAGCGAUGUCGCAGGCGAUGGCCAUCCGGGCGGGUAUUGGCGGGAGGGAAUAUUUGUUGACAGCGAGAGGAGGCUGUGGAGGGUCGGGAUGCGGAGGAGGAGGAGGAGCGAAAGCGAGAGCGAGAGCCAAAGAGAUUGCCGACACGUGUCAUCGUUUCAGAUCUGUCAUGAGAGUCAAUGGUGUCAAGUCUUCCUGCGACGUGGCGGGAAGAAGAGAUUUGGCGGGAAGAAGAGAUUCGGCGGGAGACGAUCUUGGGAAAAGGAGCGCGCGCAGCAGCUUUCAAAGAAAUUCCAGUCAUCAUCACAGUCACCACCGCACUUGCCUCGCUGAGGAGGAACAGUUUGUCGCUUGCCGGCGCGGGCUGUCGGGAUACCGAUCGUUCGUCGUGUCACCGGCCUGCUCUUCUCCUUCUUCUCCUACUUUUCGUAGUCGUGUCGGCACACCGAUCACCAGCAGUACUUUUUGUCGUUUUCGUACGGCAGUUUCUUCCUGCCACGGAUCGUACGGCAGUGGCUCGAGUGUCGGGAUCUCGACCGCCAUAGCCGCAAGAUCUGGAGCAGUGGAUGGGAUCUCGACGGGAAUGUGGACGGCGGUGGGGAGGAGGAGGAGGAGGAGGAGGAGGAGGGGGGGAGAUGCGCCAGAAAGUGACACGUGGGCGAUCGCGAUGGUGGGAGACUUGUCGUCGUUGUCGUCGCAGUUGCCGUUAGAGAGGAAGAUGGGCAAAGAGGAAUCGCGAAGAGGAAGAAGAAGAAGAAAAAUCAUAAUCAGAAGAAAAAGCUAUGGCGUGGGAAAUCCUCCUCUUCCUGGGGGACUGGAGCGACAGGGAGACAGAGGACAUGCCCGGAGAGGGAGGUGGAGAUGGGCAGCGUCAUUGGAGACAGAUGCACCGUUCGCAAUCGCUAUUGGUGCUUGCCUGGCCAGCUCAGCAUGGCCGCUUCUACUGCCGGUAGGGCCCGCGGGGAAAGGGAGGGAGGGGAGGAGGAGGAUAGGCAUGUGGAAGGACGAGGAGGAGGAGGAGGAGGAGGAGAGAGGAGGCGGGCUCACGGGAUCUGACGAUCUACGAUUUGGAGUGAUGGGCAUCAUCAGCCUCGUGCCGGUCUUCAAUUGGCUGGCCUGGGUAUUUGCAUGGAUGGACACAAAUGAAAAGCGCUACCUUGUCUAUUCUGCCGUCUAUCUGGCACCGUAUAUCAGGACGGGUCUCUCAUUGUCGUUGGACGACAGCUGGCUCCCUCUCGCAAGCGUUUUGGCGUGUGCUUUGCAUGUUCAGAUUGAUUUUGCUAGGACCUCUGCAGAAGCCUUUCUUGAUGACACUGACAGCUCAGCUGGAGCUACUGCUGAGUCGUCGUCGUCAUUCUUUUCGCUCGGAAGCGUCGAUCUUUUCUGCACUCUUGGUGAUCUUGCCGAUCGCAUAUCAUCUCUGCCUUCCUCCUUUAGAAACAACUUUGGAGAAUCGACGGCUGGCGGUCGCAAUAGAAAAAAGACGAAGGCAACACUGUCAACGCGACUCUCGGAAACCGCACGUCCGGAGGAUUUUCUGGGCACACCCGAUGGAAAUAUUCUGGACGAGACGACUCGCGAAAGGGAGAUCGUCGAUCUGGAGCUCCAGAUCUUUGAUGAGAGGCUUCGACAGUUGGACAAAAAAAAUCCGGCCAACACGGAGAGGCUGCCACCUCGAUGACUAAUCUCUAUUCUUUUUUAUUAUUAUUAUUAUUUUUUAAUUAUUAUUAUUAAAAACAGCGACCAUUACUGGAGGGGGUGAUAAGAGCAGCUGCCUCUAGUAGUAGCUGGUCCCUAGCUGCUGCUUUCUAUUGGUGGGGAACUGCACCUGCUGGCUGGAAACCGGGCCCAGCGCCCCAUUGAUACAACAGGAUCAUCCAAAAGAUUAGAGCAGGAGAGCAUUCCGCCAGCAUUGGUUACCCCAGGUGUGGCAUACUGGGUAGCCACACGGGCCCUGUAGGACCCGUCCCGGACAUUCAGCCUAAAAGCCUAAAACUUAGGAUCUA